AUGAUUGAAAAUUAACAAGAAGACCAGAUUAGCCCCAUUGAUUAUGGGAAGCAUCAUGCAGAACCCUAAAAGGAUCAUCGAGAGUUGAAAUACAUGGCUACAAAAAUUAGCGAACCAAGAGGGAGUGUUCAGUAUCCUUAACAUGUUUAAGUUGCUAUUGAGGAUGAUAAUAGUUCUCAAAAUGAUUCUAGAUGGUAUGCUAAGAACGAAACCUACAAAUAACUUAUUGGAAAUGAGAGAACUGGAUUCAUAAAAAAAGUAUUGUAUUUUAAAUAAGAAGGUCUAUUCAAUUAUGAUUAUUUAAUUGCUUCUAACCAUGAUCAUGUGUUUAAUCUCUUACUUGUCACUUGAUUAUAGGAGGUUCUAACUAGACCAUAGUGGCUUUGCUUAUCUGGCCUUAGGAAUAUCAAUACUUAUAGAAUUGCUACUCUUUUGCGUUCCCAAAUUUGCAUGGAGAGUCCCCUACAAUUACAUUUUACUGUUUAUUUUUACUUUCUGUGAAGGUUAUCUGAUAUCAAAUCUGUGCAGUUAUGUUUUUGAUAGAUAUAGUGAUAAUGGAGGUAAUUCUCAGUAUCCUAUCUAGGAUUCAUUGUUUUGAUGGCUGCCAGUCUAUCAUUGGCUGCCGUGAUAGGAUUGACGAUAUACGCUUGCAAAACGAAGUCAGAUUUUACUACUAAAGGAGCUCUAUUGUUUAUGUGUGUUACCUCUUUGAUACUCUUUGGAAUUAUGGCUGGUGUUUACUAUCAAAAUGUUAUUAAUCUUCUCUACUCGUUACUUUGUUGCCUUCUGUUUGGUGCUUAUUUAAUCUAUGAUACUUAAUUAAUUUUGGGGGGAAGUGUAAUAUAUUUAUAAAAUAUAUGUAUUAGACUCACAAAUUGUCCAUUGAUGAUUAUAUCAUAGGAUCAAUGAUAAUUUAUAUUGAUAUUGUGUAUCUAUUUGCACAUAUCUUAAUGGUAUUAAUUGCAUGUCUUAGAUGA